GCAUGUCACUAACUGAUUAUCAGCCACCCCGUUAUCCGACAAAUUUAUUGCAAAAAGAUUGGUCCAAACGUAAGCUGCAUUAUCGUACCGAUCGUUUGGAAUACAUUAGGAAAGUUCAUGAUGUUGAAGUGUUGCCAGAUGAUGUGUGGUUGGUCACAUUGCCAAAAUGUGGUACAACUUGGAUGCAGGAGCUAUUGUGGUUGGUGAUGAAUGACUUUGAUUUUGAAACAGCAAAAAAGGAGCACUUGGAAAUACGAUCACCAUAUAUGGAAUUCGAUUAUAUGGUUAAUAAUGAUUUGGAAAAUUGUUUUCGGCCCAUUGAACAGUUGAGCAGACCCAGGCUUAUUAAGACCCAUUUGAGUUUGCCGUUAUUGCCACAUCAAAUAUGGGAUAAAAAACCCAAGGUGGUGUAUGUAGCCCGCAACAUUAAAGAUGCCAUCGUUUCGGAAUAUUAUCAUGCACGCAAUGUUGGUGCAUUUACGGACAAAUCGCUGGAUGACUAUGUCCGUGAGGAAAUUGAGGGUACCAAAUUGCAUGACCCAUUUUUACAUUUAACCGAAUUCUAUGCCCUGCGUCACGAACCAUGGCUCUACUAUACGAGUUUUGAACGGAUGAAAAUGAAUUUGCGCCAAGUGAUACUGGAUGUUUGUGGCUUUCUGAAUAAAUCCAUCGAUGAGUCAACAAUGGAGAAAAUGUUGAAACAUUUGUCAUUCGAGGAAAUGAAGAAAAACCCAAAAACUAAUCAUGUUUGGGAAUUUCAACAAGUUCGUGCCAAACAUGGCCUACCAGCGGAGGGACAAGAAUUUAAUUUCAUACGCAAGGGUGAAAUGAAUGGUUAUAAACAAGAGUUGUCUCCGGAAGUUGUGCAGAAAGUCGAUGAUUGGGUUGAGCGGAAUUUAAAGGAAUUGAAUAUAACAUUGGAUGAAUUGCUGUUAUUGGAGAAUACAAAGGCUUAA